CUGAGCUCUGUAUUCGCUGUGAAUAUAAAGAAAGACCAGCAGCGUUGUCAUGAAGUCAAGUCGAAAACAUAUGCAGCCAAUCGCGUCAACUGUAUCACCCUAUAGAAGAUUACGCAUGUUACAAGCACGAUGAAACCAUCGAAUCGCGCCGGAACUCCUACGAUGUCUGCCUCACACAGCGGCAGCUCGUCGCUCGUCGCUCUUCUCCUUCUCAUUCAGUCUCUGACACUGAUUAGUAUCCUGAUUGUCCUCGCCAUGGGCCUCGUCGAGCUCAAGAAACCAUUGGUGGCGUCUGAGGAUCUACCCACCAUUUCGAAGAAUAUCUACUCGUUAGCGACAGCAUUGACAGAACAAAAGGGCAUCCUGACCGGCUUUGGAACGAGCAUGAAUCCAUUCAACAUACAGUGGACGCAAUAGAUCUGGAAUUGGCCUUUCGUACUACAGCGCUCAAACUUAUUGAUCUGUGCCAAUAUCUUUGCCGCUGUUGAGGGAGCUUUAAGGCAUUAUCGGAAGCCUGAACAGCACGUCGA